GGUAAGUAGACCCGGCUUGGCAGACCGAGAGCGGCCGUGCCUAACGUUCGGAGACUGGAUCUGCGUGGAGGGAUUUCUAUCCGUAGAUAUCCCAGAUGGAUCCUGGUAACCAGGACCUGCUAGCUUUGGAUCCUGGUGAUCAGGACCUGCUGGGUUUCCUGCUUGAGGGAAGCGGAGAUUUGUGGGCUGCGACUGAGCAGGACGUGGAGGCUCCGCUGGACUUGGAGCUGCCGCCUUCCGAGAACUCGGUGCAAGCACUGAGCGACUGGGAGGUAGAGGAUUUCCUGAGCUCUCUGCUCAGCCCCUCGGCAUCGCUGGAUGUUUUCAGCUCUGCCAGCUCCUCCGUUCGCCAUGACCACAGCUAUUCCCUCCCACAGGAGCAUGUCUCCAUAGAUCUAGAUACUGGGAGCUUCCAAAAGGAGGGGUUCCACGUAACUCCACUUCGUGUGGAGGAAACAGCAGCAGAACAGGAGAUUUCUAGGCUGGUACUGACCGAGGAAGAGAAGAGGCUCUUGGAGAAGGAGGGGCUUACUCUGCCCUCAACACUUCCUCUUACUAAGGGGGAGGAACAAGUUCUAAAACGAGUACGGAGGAAGAUUCGCAACAAGAGAGCAGCUCAAGAAAGCCGCAAGAAGAAGAAGGUGUAUGUAGGGGGGCUGGAGAGCAGGGUCUUGAAAUAUACCGCCCAGAAUCAGGAGCUGCAGAACAAAGUACAACUUCUAGAGGAACAGAAUCUGUCCCUUCUAGGUCAGCUGAGGAAACUUCAGGCCAUGGUGAUUGAGAUAGCAAACAGAACCAGCAGUGGCAGCACAUGUGUCCUGGUCCUCCUGUUUUCUUUCUGUCUUCUUCUGGUACCUGCUAUGUACUCCUCUGACACAAGGGGGCGCGUGCCAGCUGAGUAUGUCGUGUUGCACCGCCAGCUUCGUGCCCUCCCCAGUGAGGACCGUCAGCAGCAGGAGCAGCAGCUGCCUGUCCUGCAGCCAGAAUUACCGAAGCACAGCGCACACCAGUUGCUGGGUCGCUCAGAACACAUGCUCCUGGCUGCCAACUUCUGCCUACUUUACCACAUGCCUCAGGCAGAGCCGCCCCUGGACUGGGCACUCCUUGAUCUUUCCUCAGAGACCUCAGACCCCAACCUUCCCCUCCAGGCAAAUCUUUCCGAAAAUGGGGCAUGGCUACCUGCUCGCAGCCCUUCUGUCAUCUUGCAGGGCAGGUGUUCAGGCUAG